AAUAACCCCAAUAAUUCUUCUUUACUACAAUAUUGCCAUUAUCAAUUUAAUUCAUUAACAAAUUUAAAAACUAAAGAAAAAAAAAGGUUUUCCUUUCGUCGUCGUACGUCGACAGAAGCAAAAAUAAACAUUCACAAUAACAAAACCUAGGGUUCGCCUAAGGAGAUGUCGCUAGCGGUUUGAUUUUCUUCCUCUGAUAGUAGCAUCGACAUUGUGAGGGCUUUGAUUUCUCUGGCGAGUGUUUGCAACCCUUCCUCCGACAAAGCUCGAUUUGGCGUCUUGUUAUCUCCGCUCUUGAACUCUCCGGUGAGAAUCACCAUUGUUUCACCUGUCAUCCUUUUCGUCUCCUCUACUGAAAAUCCAAACUGAUUUAUGGUUCCAAAUAACUUUAGCAAGAAGACUUGAAAUCAGAUUAGGGAUAGUUAUCCCUUCGUUAAGAUAUGGCUUCUUCUAGCACUAAGAGAAACUAUCCGCGUCUACUCUACAGUAAAGGAAAAGCUCCUAGUCAGCAAAGGAGUAUGAGCUAUUAUAGCUAUUUGUCCAAUUUUCAAAUGGUAAGAGAGGGUGUGGGAUUUGAUGCAUGGGAGGCUGUAAAGAAGUCUGCAGUUGGCGUUUUUCCUAUGUUUUAUGAGCUCAAAUUCACAUGGUGUGCGAAGCUUGUCCAUUACCUUUUAACGAAUCAGCUUCAAGUGAAGAAGAAUUAUGAGAUAUGGUCGUUGAUUGAUUGGCAGCCCAUUCGUCUCUCUUUGGUUGAAUUUGGUGAGAUAACGGGAAUGAAUUGUGAACCGUUCCAAAAAGGGGAAAUUUGUGAUGUUGAUCAUACAGACUUCUGGAAAGAAAUGGGGGUUUCUACAGUUGUUGGUCCUAACUUGGUUCAGCUUCAGUCGGUAUUGGAAAGAUGCAAGUAUUGGAGUCUCGAGAAGAGGACAAUGGUUGGAUUGUUAUGUGUUCUUCAUCUUGGUGUCUAUGGAAUUGCUCCCUCACGUCAUAUUCCGUUGGAGUGUGCGAAGAGAGUCCUUGAUUAUGAAGCUUUCCAAAGAUACCCGUGGGGUCGCGUAGCGUGUCAGAGUUUGAUAUACUCUGUUAAGUGUGCUGAUUACAGCACAAAGGAAUCAUAUACAAUGGCAGGGUUUAUUUUCAUCUUACAAAUAUGGGCAUAUGAGUCAGUUAUGGGCUUAGGAGAGCUUUACGGAAACAGAAUUGGUGGUGCAGAAGUGCCUCUUCUUUCAUGGAGUGGAUCCCGCAAGAGAUUCAAGUUCGAGGAGUUUGUUAGACAGGAGAAAGAGCACCAUGAAGAUAAGGUGCGUGUGAGACAUUUUACCACAGAACCAAAUGGACAGUAUACGCCUAAGUGGGAUGAUGAAGUUGAUGAUGGUGAUGUGAUAAACUUGGUUCUGGAUAUACGUAAUGAUUGUAUAAAUAGAGGAUUUUGGGAUGUCACAGAAGAAUCUCCAGCUACUACAAGGCUGAAGCGUCCUAAAUCUGUUCCCGAGACUGAUGGUCAGAGUUCUAAAAAGAAAAAAGGUGAUGAUACAAAAACUAUUGGGAUUGAAGAAAACACUAAUAGUCCAAGUAAAGAAGAAAUUCCAGUGAGCCAGCUUUACACUUUGAUGAAGACAUUGACAGGAAAACUGGAUAACAUAGAUACAUCGAUUGAAGCAAAGGUUGGUUCCCUUCUCGCUCCUAUAACUGAGAAGCUAGCAACAAUGGAGAAGGAACUUCAAAAAAUGAAACAAAAAGAGGCAGCUGAUGAGAGGAAAGAAGAUGCAAAUUCCAACGCUAACAAUAAUGAAAAUGCUGAAGUAAAUAGCAAAGAAAUGUCUUGGAUGGUGGAGAUGAAUUCCACAUCGCAGGAUGGUUUACCUUCUCAACGUGUUGUCAAAAAAGCAAAGAAGGCAAGCAAAAAAUGUGAAGAUAUGGGACUUGACAAGAAAAAGGUUUUUGAUAAGAAGGUUUUGAAAACCAAAAUUCAAGUGCCACAUUUACUUGAUAACGCCUCAGGGGAUGAAACAUGGUCUGAUCCAGUGCAGCGUGAAAAGGUUACAGAUCUUGGUGAUCAUUUAGAUGCCUUAGCAGCCAUGGCUAAAAAGCUAAAUAAGCCUACAUCUCCCACACCUUCGUCACCUCCGCAGAAGCGCCAAACUAAGCUGGCAUCAUCUCAGCUUUUUCCUUUCGUAGGAAACUCUACCGUGAAGCGCAUCAUCACAGGUGUGACACCGUCCGUCUCAGCAUAUGAUCCGUUUGCUGAUGUUGACGCUGAUAAAAUGAGGAAUUUACUGCACUUUUUACUGGAUGAUGAGAAGAACUCGGACAGGACAUCUACCCAUAGUACAGAGUUCUAUAAGGUGAUAAUAACCCCAAGAAAUAAGUGGCGUACAUAUAACUAUGGCUGGUUGAAUAACAUGCAUAUGUGGUCUGCGAUGCAUAUGUUCUAUAAGAGAUCACUUUGUGAUCCUUCACCAUACCAUUCUCAGCGCAUUGCUUUUUUGGAUCAGUGGGUUGUCACCAAAAUUGUCAGUGAUUUUAAAGAGUUUAAUCCGAAGACUUGGAAACCUACAGAUACAUAUAAGUGUAUCUUCAACGGCACGUAUCCAUCUGACCGAGUCACAAACAAGAAGUGGCUUCACGAUAUAGAUCAUCUAUAUGCAUGUCAUUUCGUAAAUGGUAAUCACUGGGUUGCAUUGGACAUCGACUUGGGGAAGGAGACCAUUACCGUUUAUGACAGCAUUCUGACCUUAGUAGAUGAUAAAGAAAUCCAGAACUUCUGCCGGCCGUUUGCAAAGAUGAUUCCCUCCAUUCUGAGUACUAUGGUCUCCGCCACUGUUCGGAAGAAAAGUGAAAAACAAUUCACUGUACGAAGAUUGAAAAAAGUUCCACAGAAUGACCCCCCAGGAGACUGUGGUGUUUAUACCAUAAAAUACAUUGAAUGUCUUGCGAUUGGUUGCACAUUUGAAGGGUUACGUGAUGAAACCAUUCAGGAUCUUCAACGGAAGCUAGCUGCUGAGAUUUACGACUCUGUUGGAGAACCUCAAAUCACUCAUUUAUUUACUGAUACUGCAAAGUAGUACGUUUAGUUUUAGAUUCUCUUGGUGAUUGUUUAGUCUUAUUAGCGUAACAUGAGUUUUAUUAGUGAACGUGUGUCAGCUACAAUUUGCAGUCCACAUUUAUCACAAGGCCGUUUGUUCUGUUUUUUUAAAAAAAUCAGCUUUGGUUUAUUGACUGAGUUAACUAAUUAUUGUUACAUAUAACAACAGUUUUAACUCGCAACGUAUUUUAAAAAAAAAAGCAUGUGCGAGAAGAAGAGCUAGAAGAGAAACAAAAGAACCAGAACCAAGCUAAUUAUUUUCUACUAAAAAUUCUGAAAGUAUAGAAAACGACUAAACAUAAGCUAAACUUGAACCUUGCAGGUGUUACAGUUAUGUCCAGAUUGAUGACACUUUGAACUUAGUAUUUUAAUUCCAUGCACUUAUUUUCUUAGUGAACUUGAAGUCUUAUUGUGAAAAAUGCCCACGUAUUUUCUUAGUAGUUUAAUUAUCUGCACUUAUUUCCUUAGUGAAGUUGUAGUCUACUGUGUAGCCACAUCCAUGUAACUAGACAUAAAAAAAAAACAAGAUUAUUAUUGUAAAUAGCACGCAUAACUAAUACAAGUUGAGGAAAAAUAUUAUAUCUAUCACGUGAAUUCAAUCCUUAUUAAGAAAACAUCUAAACUCAAACAGGCUGAAGCUUUGAACACUUCUUUGGAUCAAUCGUUGUUGUUCUCUUGUCUACUAAGGAAGAACGGUAAGAACAACACAUCACCUGCAAAUUUAAAUAGAGACUUAUUAAUAACCAUAAGAACAUACACACAUCAUGCUCAACAAAAAAAAAAUAUACCUCACUUUAACUGAAGCAAACAUAGAAAGCAUAGGAAAGGACUAACCAUAAGCUAAACUUGAAUCUUGCAGGUCUUACAAUUAUGUCCAGAUUGAUGACAAUUUGAACAUAAAUGUUGUUUUCUAGGUCGUUUUUUUUCAGUGGCUUUCUCCAACGCCGAUUUCAUCCUUGAUUUUUUGGGUCUUCCAGGUUGUGUGUGUAUAACCGGAGGCAAGCAAAUCUUUAUUGAGAUAUUUUCUGGAACUGGUGAAGCAACAUCUCUUGGCAUUAUGGAAGUGGAAUAAGCGUUCCACAAGUAUGAGCUGUGAUAAUAGGGGUGACAAAGUGAUAUGCUGCUUUGCUUACGUGCUUCUGCCGCCGCGAUUGCAUGAACACAUGGUAACUUCUCCUUAUCAAACCGACGACAAGUACAUUGUCUUCCUCCUAAAUUAACGAUAUGAAGAGACGAACCAGUUGUAACUUGUGAAUGAUGCAAAUCAAUUGAUUGAACUGUAAGCACCUUUGCAUUUAAUACACGUUUCUGAGAAAAUAAAAAACAGUGUUACAAAUGACUAUAAAAACAAGUAACUAACUAAACAAGAAAAAUAUGCUAUUUUUACCUCCAAAAGUAUCUCCACUCCACGAGUCAAGGUUGUCUUCGUUGUUCCUGCAGCUAUCCUCCUACUUGUAAACCAUCUUGUCAUCAUUAACCGUAACGCAUCCAAGAGUUUUACAAUGGGCAGAGUUCUCGAGCUUGAGAUGACUUUGUUGAUGGACUCAGCAAUGUUUGUCGUCAUUAAGUUGUAUCUAUCCCCAGGGAAAUGCACACGAGCCCACUUUUGUAUAUCAGCAGUUUCCAAAUAUUUAUGUAAUCCUGGAUUCAUCGCUUGGAUCUCUUCAAAUGUUGUAUUAAAAUCAGCCAAUGUAAAAGCACUUGCAGCUUUUUUAACCAAUCUAAAUGCAUCACCACCUCUGAACCGUAGCAAUAUAUUUUUGUAAAGAUGGUACGUGCAAAUUCCACGACUAGACUUAGGAUACACUUUUCCAAUAGCAUUACUUAUAGCUUUAUGCCUAUCAGAAAUAAGUGCAAGUUCUUCGUCAUCGGGAAUUACCUUGCUUAGUUGUUGAAAGAACCAUUCCCAAGAAUCAUCAUUUUCGGUAUCAACAACUGCAAAAGCAAUAGGAAAUAUCUGGAAAUUCCCAUCUUGAGCUGUUGCAGUUAGUAGUGUUCCUUUAUAUUUUCCCUGAAGGUAUGUACCAUCCACGACUAUUACUUUUCUCAUGUAGGGAAAUCCAGUUAUACUUGCACCAAAUGCAAGAAACAAAUACUUGAAUCUGUUAACCUCAUCAACUUCCAAAUGUGCGAAAGUUCCAGGAUUUGCUUUUCUUAUAUGAUAUAGAUACACAGGAAACUCUGAGUAGCCACUCUCCGCAGAACCUCUAACAAUAUUUCUUGCGCGUAACAGUGUCCGAUGAGACUUCCAAUAAUCCAUCUAGUUACAAAAUAUUUUACAAUAACAUAUUAGACCUAUUAUUUUGUACUAAAUGAAAUAUAAAAAUAUAAUAAACAUGUCAUAUCAGAUGACGCACCUUGACACCAAAUCUCAUGUUUAAGGCUUCUCCAACAUGUUUCGGGAGAACUUUUGAAUCAA